UUUUCCGCGAAUCGGUUCGUUCUUGAUUCAAGUUUCGGGUGUUGCGUGUGUGUGAUUUUUUUUUUUGGAAGAAUAAUCCGCGCGCGGGUCCUUCGUUCCCACUUUCGGUGGGUCGAGAAGAAAGAGUGUGGAUGGAAUAAUACGUGACAAUAUCUGAAGGAUUAUGUGAACCUUGGCAAAUCAGUCAUUGGGGGUGAAGACCAUUUUUGAUUGAAGCAGGAUUAAAUCGUUGAUUACGAUUCGCCGGGAAUUUCUAAGUUGGCUCCUUUGUGUUAUUUUUUUGACAAGAUUCGAAUCCAGUGCCAGAAAAAAAUGAGGAUCAUAGCUUUAUUAUUAUGUACAGCACUAGCAACAUGCAAAGCCGAUAUUUCUACGCUACUUCGAGGAGGUAACUCCCAGAACGACAUCGGCUUCGAUGGGUAUCACUACGAUAAACCAAAAAUACCAUUCGAAACACCGACCCGACCUCCUCCGCAACCUUCGCCGACAACGGCGAAAAAAUGUGCUAUUACUGCUGAAAAUCCCGACGGAAGUUGUGGGUAUGACUAUCCGAAGCCAACGCAGAGUUUCACCUUGCCACCGCGGCCAACGACGACGACAACGAGGGCGACCACAACGACUACCCGUCCAACAACUACGACGACUCGCCGAACCACAACGACCACGAGAAGAACGACUCCCGUAGUGGAAUAUUUACCACCAUCGACAACCAGGCAAACAACAACAACCACAAGGCCGCCAACAACAACCACAACGACUACACGUAGGACUACCACAACAACGCGAAAGCCGGAAUGCCCAUCUUCUUCGCGAAACCCAGACGGAAGCUGUGGAUACUCCUAUCCUAAACCCGAUCAGUCUUUCGAACUACCUCAGCGUGAAACGACUACAACUACACGGAGGCCAACUACGACCACAACUCGUAGAACUACGCCAUCCCAAGAAUAUCUACCACCAACUACGACUACAAGGCGGACAACUACCACAACAAGGCCUACCACCACGACCACCAGAACUACGACCACAACAAGGCCUACGACCACAACCACCCGAACAACGACCACAACAAGGCCCACCACAACGACAACGAGGCGAACCACAACGGCCACUCGCCCUCAAACCACAGCUGGAUGCCCACCAGGUGAACAGAAUCCCGAUGGAUCAUGUGGAUACUAUUACCAAAAACCAGAGCAAAGUUUCACGCUUCCUCAAAAGGUGACAACAACCCGGCCUACCACAACCACAACCAGACUCACGACGCGAAGAACAACUCCCGUCCAGGAGUACCUUCCACCUUCAACGACCACCAGAACGACGACAAGGCCUACAACAACAACUACGAGACGUACUACCACCACGACCCGAGCAACCACCACAACUCGCCCGACAACCACGACACAAAGAGUCAUUCAAACGACUAAGUGUCCAGUCUCGCAACAAAACUCGGAUGGAUCCUGCGGUUAUAUAUACGAGAAACCGGAGGAAAGUUUCACACUACCUCAACGUCAGACCACGACAAGGCCAACAACAACUACUACCAGAACUACAACACGUAGAACUACGCCAUCUCAAGAGUAUCUGCCUCCAUCAACAACCACCCGAACUACAACACGGCCUACCACAACAACCACAAGACCUACAACAACCAUUACAAGGCGUACUACUACAACUACCCGUCCAACUACUACUACCACCAGGCGAACGACCACAACAACACGCCCUACAACAACUACACAAAGGUUAACUACGACCCAGAGAAUCAUCCAGACUACCAAGUGUUCGCCUUCACAGGAAAAUCCCGAUGGAUCUUGCGGAUAUGUCUACGAAAAGCCGGAGCAAAGUUUCACUCUACCUCAAAAAGUAUCUACAACUCGCCCUACUACUACCACCACUAGAACAACCACACGAAGAACAACCCCUUCGCAGGAAUAUCUUCCUCCAUCAACAACAGCUAGAACAACAACUACGCGGCCUACAACAACUACAACCAGACGUACUACGACUACUACUAGACCAACAACGACAACUCGAACUACAACCACGACUCGCCCAACCACUACUACUAGACGAAUAACAACUACUGAACGAAUAAUUGCGACAACGAAGUGUCCAUUAUCGCAGCAAAACCAGGACGGAUCCUGUGGGUAUAUUUACGAAAAGCCAGAGCAGAGCUUUACGCUACCUCAAAAAGUUUCCACAACCCGCGCUACUACAACCACCACCAGAACAACAACUCGACGAACAACCCCAUCGCAGGAGUACCUACCACCAUCGACUACGGCAAGAACUACCACACGACCAACAACAACAACCACUAGACGAACUACGACUACAACUCGACCAACGACAACUACUACUAGACCCACAACAACCACUCAAAGAACAACCACAACUCAACGGGUAAUCCCAACAACCAAGUGCCCACCAUCGCAACAAAAUGCCGACGGUUCUUGUGGAUACUUCUACGAGAAACCCGAACAAAGCUUCACACUGCCACAGAAAGUUUCCACCACUCGUCAGACAACGACGACAGCAAGAACAACAACUCGAAGAACGACUCCAUCGCAGGAGUACCUACCGCCUACUACAAUACGGACGACAACUCGACCUACUGUUACCACUACUACCACAAGGCGAACUACGACAACCACGCGACCGACAACCACAACCACCAGACGCACCACAACAACACGACCAACAACGACCACGCAACGCGUCAUACAGACCACCAAAUGUGCUCCAUCUCAGCAAAACCCGGAUGGUUCUUGUGGAUAUGUUUACGAAAAACCAGAGCAAAGCUUUACCCUUCCACAGAAAGUGACAACCACUAGACCAACUACUACGACCACGCGAGCUACUACUCGAAGAACGACUCCGUCGCAGGAAUAUUUGCCACCAUCUGCAACAGCUAGAACAACUACACAGCCUACCACCACAACUACGAGGCGCACAACGACCACCACGAGGCCCACUACGACGACUACUCGUAGAACCACACCAUCUACGACAACGAGAACUACAACCAGGCCAACAACCACCACGACCACCCGUCGAAGUACAACGACUACCCGACGGUCAGUGCCAACGACCCAGUGUCCUCCCUCCCAACAGAAUCCGGACGGUUCCUGUGGAUACUUCUACGAGAAACCGGAAAGCAGUUUCACACUACCGAACCGGGUGAGCACUACGAGACCUACUACAACCACCACCACAACACGUAGGACAACUCCUUCACAGGAGUACCUACCACCUUCUACGACCGCAAGGACUACGACACGGCCUACUACAACAACAACCAGGCCCACAACUACAACAACAAGGCCAACAACUACAACCACACGGAGAACCACCACCACGACUAGGCCUACGACUACUACGACCCGUAGAACCACACCAGCACAAGAGUAUCUUCCUCCGAGUACAACAACACGGCGAACAACAACUACCACUCGACCAACCACUACACGGAGAACGACCACGACGACACGGCCGACCACGACAACUACGCGGAGAACAACUCCAGCUCAAGAAUAUCUACCUCCGAGUACGACGCCAAGAACGACGACUCGCCCACCAACCACCACCACUACGACAAGGCGAACAACAACCACUACACGCCCAACGACAACAACCACCCGAACCACAACGACCCGGCCAAUUAUAACCACGACUACCGAAAGGAAAUGUGCCUCGGGAAUAUUCAACCCCGAUGGAAGCUGCGGAUACGCUCCUCCCAAACCACCAACCACAUCCGCACCAGAGUAUCUACCACCGGAGCAAAGCACCGGGUAUUCCUAUCCGAAACCUGCCAUACCGUUCAACUUCUAAAGCUGCCGAAACCACUGCGCCCUCAAACCUACUCUAACGCUCGGCCAAUGCCACCCUGUAAAUACGCGUCUAUUUAGUUAGGUUUCCGCCUGACGGCCUUUUUUCCGUCAGACUUUUUCAUCUUUCAACCAAAGCUUUUCUGUUUAUUGCCAUCUUAUCUUGGAUAGUUUAUUGCUUCUA